AUGGCAGGAGUUCUAGCAAAAGAACCAAGGAGGAAAGAUAUAUGGCUAAAAAUAUCUUGCAGUGUCCAUUCGUAUAUUGCUAGUGAUGAGAAAGGAUGUCUGGAAACAAUUGCAUUAAGUUACCACCAUCUACCUCUUCACUUGAAAGACUGCUUUCUCUAUCUGGGAGGGUUUUUAGAAGACUCCCAGAUCUAUUCACCAUUGUUGAUUUGUUUAUGGAUGGCUGAGGGAUUUAUACAAGAAGAUGGAAGUCGAAGCUUGGAGGAAAUUGCCAAGGGUUACCUGAUGGAUCUAGUUGACAGAAAUCUUCUAAUUGUAGAAAAAUGGUAUAUUUCGGGUGAUGUUGAACUUUGUAAAGUCCAUGAUCUUGUGAGGCAGCUAUGUGUGGAAAAAGGAAAAGAAGAAAGAUUCUUCCUGAAAAUAGACUGGCCACCAUCUAAUCAUCAUUGUGAGAUAGUUACCACCCAUAAGCAACGCCGUGUGUUCACAAAUCAAGAAAUCGACAUUAUGACUUUGUCUCAUCCGCCCACCCCUAGUAUUAGAUCGUUUUUGUGCUAUCAUAGGAAAACAACCUUAACUGAUAAUAUCUCAAAGUUUUGCAGUUCCUUUGCACUUCUUAGGGUGUUAAGUCUACAAAAAUGUAUACUGAUUGAUUUUCCCCCUGGUUUAGCAUUACUAGUUCACUUAAGGUUCCUAGAAAUUUGGCUGUCAUUAUUCCCACCAUCAAUAUGCAAUUUAUGGAACCUUCAAACCCUCGUUGUUAGAACAAGUUCUAGUUCUAUGGUUUUACCGAGUAACAUAUCAAAUUUGGUGAAUCUAAGACAUUUAGCCAGUAAUACAAAUCUAUAUCUUCCUUCUAUUGGAAAACCAAUGAAAUUAGAAGUUAUUACAAAUGUGGUGUUGGGAAAUGGGGUAGAUAAUUUUCAGAAAUGUUUUCCUGGGAUCAAGGAUCUUACAUCUAUUCUUUACUCUGAUGAGGAAAAUGACUUUGAAGUACUCUGUUACCUUCAAGUAUUGAUGUUAGUUGGGUCGGGCUACAGCAGAAGGAGAUCAGUUGAGCCAGAACUUCUCAGAGGUGAACAAAACUUGGGAAAGAAUCACAUUAUAAUUAGGUUCCCUGAAACACUGAAAGUACUUACACUUGUAAGGUGUGGUCUACCGUGGAGCAACAUGACUAUCAUUCAGUCAUUACCUAAUCUUGAGUUUCUUGUAAUAAAAGACAAUGGCUUCGAGGGAACAUUGUGGGAAACAGGUGAGGGGCAGUUUCAACAACUAAAAGCCUUGAGACUUGAAGAGUUAAAUAUCAAAAAAUGGGAAGUCUCAAGCACCAAUUUUCCACAUCUUGAACGAUUAGAGGUUUCGAAUUGUAUUGAUCUUGAAGAGAUACCCCUUGAAUUAGGGGACAUCUCAACGCUUGAGUUUAUUGUUGUUUUGAAUUGUGGCGCUUCUCUUCUUGAAUCCCUUCAAAAAAUACGAGACGAGCAAGAUGAUGCAGGAAACUAUGAACUGAAGAUCAAAGUUGAUGGAAGGAAUAUUCCCUCUUGUGUACCCAAUCAUGACCAUUAA